AUGUUGGCCUGGUCAUAUGGAUAUCCAAGAGUCAUGAGCAGUUAUUAUUUUACAACUCGUGACCAAGGACCGCCAACAGAUGGAGUGCCCCCAAAGUACGAGGCUAGAUCACCACAAUUUGACCGGGAAAAUAAAUGUACAAAAGUCUGGGUUGUGUUGGUCGCACACCGCUCGCCUUCCAUAAGAAGAAUGGUGAAAUUCCGUUCCGACGUCCAAGGUGCUGCACCCGCUCACAUUGUGACUGAGGAUCACCGAAUCGCCUUCGCAAGAUUAGAAAGAGGAUUCUUUGCGUUGAAUAGCCGUAAAGACACUUGGAAAAGGUAA